AUGGAAGAAAGAUUGAUUUGUGAAACCUGUCUAAAACAAAAAUAACUGACUUCUUAACAAUUCAUUUCAUAUUCAUCAGGCAUCGACUAAGCAAAGGAUUACAGUAAGUAAAUAAAAAGAAAUUUGGAGCCUUACCUGAAUGAGAUAGAAGGAAAGUUCUAAUUAAUUUAAAAAGAUAUUGAUCAAUAAAAGAGUCAUUUGAAUCAUCUUCUUGAGUAUAUUCUCAAAGAUAUAAAUUAAUGGCAUUAAGCAUAAAUACAAACAAUUAAUCUUCAUAACAAUGCUGAAGACUUCUUAAAAAUGAUCGAAAAUAUAAAAAGGAAUGAUGAGGAUUGGUUACAAGAUUAUGAAUUAAAAAUAACCUAUCAAAUUUAGUAAUUAGCAUAUAAUUACUACCAUAAAAUUGAUAAACAUAUAAAAUAAUACACUGAUUAGUCAAUGAAUUUUAAAAUAGCUGACAAAGUGAUCGAUGUGGCUAGAAUAAGCUAGGAGAUGUGUUGGAAUGCUUAUACUUUGACCUCAAAAUUCAAAAAAAAAUAAUUAGAAGUAUAUUUUUCUUUAUAAAAUUCAGGAAAAAUUUCAAUUAAUUGAAUGCCUUGAACAUAAAAGAAAAGCAAACAAAAUAAAUAUCGAAAAGAAUGUUCCAAAAAAUUAAAGAAUUUUAUGCAAAGAAUGUUUAUAAAAUGGAAUCAGCAUAAUUGAAUUCAUAAAAACAUGGGACAAAAUUUAACUUGAGAAAAUAAACGAAUAAUAAAAUGCCUAGAAAUAUAUGCAAGAAUGCUAUACAAAGUCCCUUUUUUAAUUAGAGUAGUUGAGAAAUGCUUAAUACAAAAAUUUAACUAACAUGAUCGAUUCAGUCUAUCUUAAAAUUGUAGAUGGAUCAAAGUGUUUCUAACAAAUAUAUUUACAAUCACACGAUUUUAGUAUUAAUAAGUAUCAGGAAAUGGCUGAAAUGUGUUGUAAAGAAUAGGAAAAAUGCGAACUUCAAACAUCAUAAUUUCGAUUACAUUUGUAUUAGCAAGGAAAGACUAUGGUUUAAGAUGUUAAAUAAAUUCUUAUCUAUUCUUGGUAUUCAAAUGGACCUGAAUUACAACUAACUAAAAAUCGAAUUAAAGAGGAAGAAAUUAAUAAUAAAUAAAGUUAGUUAGAAUAGAAUUACAGAUUACCUAAUAAAUUUAAAAUUUAACCAAUGUUAACAUACUAAGAAGUUAAUAAAUAAGAAAUAUAUGCAAUAGUAUUUAAUAGAAACGGAUCCUUAUUAUUAACAGGAGGAAACGAUUAGAUAUAGGUUUUUAUAUUCGAAGAAGGAGAAUUAACAGCCAUUAGAAAAAUGCAUUGCCAAAGAAGUGUUAGUGUGUUAUAAUUUUUUUAGCAAACAAAUGAUUUUAUUUCUGGGCAUAGCGAUGGAAGUCUUUGUAUCUGGAAUUAUUGUAACCAAAUCUAUUAUAAAGAGAAAAUUUAUGAAAAUAUCCAUUCAGAAAGUGUAAGAUUCUUAAUCAUAAACGAGAAAUAAAAUGAAUUGAUAUCAAUUGCUGAUGAUUCUAUUAUUCAAGUGAAUUUUUUAGGUUGCGAUAUCAAACUUAAAUAAUCCUUAGUCAAGCAUGAAAAAACAGUGAUUUCAAUUAGUUUGAAUCCUUCUGAGACUAUUUUAUUAUCUUGUAGUGAAGAUGGUUAAUUAAUUAUAUGGAAAAAAAAUGAAUAUGAUGAAUGGGUAUUUAAUAAUUUUAUUCAUCAUUCAGUUAGAUAAUACGGAAACAAAAUUGUUUUCAUUAAGGAUGAUUAAUUCAUUUGGACGUAAUUUAGUGAAAGUAAAAUUAUUAUAUUUGAGGAAGCAAAUUAAACAUUUAUCUAAAAAUCUCAAAAAAGCAUAAUAAAUGAGAGGAAGUCAAAUGUUAAAUUUCCAUUCAUUUAUAGCACAUAAUUUAACUUAAUUAUUUGUAAUCAUGGGUAAACCAUAGAAUUGGCACAACUUAAAUCAGAUGGAUUAUUUUAAAUUGUGUCACGUUGUGAACAUAAACCCAAAGGUUAAUAGAGAGGAGCUGUUACAAAUGACUCUAAGUAUCUUGUCAUUUGGAAUUAAAAACAGUUUGAAUUUACAAUAUUUAAAUUAUAUUCAUGA